AUGGACUUGAACAACCCAUUCUCAGAUAGCAAGGCACCCAGUGCCGUGCCCAGUGUCGUGCCCAGUUCCGCCAGCUCCGCACAUCAAGUCAGUAUUCAAGAUUCGGUGGUCUACAGUCGAGAUUCAACCUAUGCUCGUGCUCCAUUAAAACGAAGGUUUAAGAGUUAUCUAUUAACUGGCGAAUAUGAACGGCCCUGGCUCGACGAUAAACGACUGAAAAGAACCCGCAUGAAUAACUAUAUCAUCUAUGGAUUUCUUGUUGCUGGAUUAGCCGUCAGCGGUUAUAUCAACUACCAUGCCACAGCUGAAGUACCCAAGCACAGUUAUUGUCUCAUUUUAGACGAUACCUUUUCGACCCUCGAUACGAGCGUGUGGACUCGUGAAGUUCAGGUCGGUGGCUUUGGCACGGGUGAAUUUGACUGGACAACUACCGAUGACCACAAUGCCUUUGUGGACGACGAAGGCCUUCACCUUGUUCCUACCCUUACUACCAACACGACGUCUAUCACCGCGGCCGAGAUCAUCAAUGGUUACACACUGAAUCUUACAAAAGCUGGCGGCGAUGGUAGUUGCACAGGUACAACCAAUGAGGCAUGCUCAGUGCACUCGAACAGCACGUUGAGGACAAUAAUUAACCCGGUCCGCUCCGCACGUUUGAAUACGAAUGGCAGCAAAUCCAUCACAUACGGCCGUGUCGAGGUCGUCGCCCGGCUUCCAGCUGGAGACUGGCUAUGGCCGGCAAUUUGGAUGAUGCCCCAGGACAACGUUUACGGGGCGUGGCCCGCCAGCGGCGAGAUUGAUAUUUCUGAAAGUAGAGGCAAUGAUGUCUCCUACCCUAAUGGCGGCCGGGACACCAUGUCGAGUAGUAUUCACUGGGGCCCGAGCGUUGAUUUUGACGCAUAUUGGCUCACCACGCGCGGAAAAGCCCUCCGUCGAACAGACUUCUCCAAAGGGUUUCACACUUUUGGCCUUGAGUGGUCAGAGGACUACUUGUAUACGUGGGUUGACAGUCCCCUUCAGCAGGUCAUGUACUGGGCCUUUCCCAAAAACACAAAUAUGUUUCAACGCGGCCGAUUUACCGGGCACACAGCCAACAAUUCUCUGGUAGCGGAUCCAUGGUCGCGUACCGGCAAACCUAACACCCCUUUUGACCAACCCUUCUACUUGAUACUUGAUGUCGCGGUUGGGGGCACGAAUGGAUGGUUCGUGGACGGCAUUGGGAAUAAACCUUGGACAGAUGCCGGCAAUGGCGCGGCAGAUUUCUACUCAGGUAUUAAUCAGUGGUAUCCCACUUGGUCAAAUGGGACCGGGGUCUCUCACGGAAUGACGGUGAAAUCGGUGAAGAUGUGGCAGCAAGGCGCCUGCCCCUAA